AGCAUGUCGCCUCCUGUUGCUGCGCCUCACUGUGGGAUCUGCUGUCGACCUUUCAGACUGCACACAUGAACGCAGAAAGCUUUUUUACGCUUUUUACUCGAUAUGUGCGACCCGGAGGUUUGGCGGAGUAAACCAGCAAAGCGUCUGCUCUGAGUCUAGAGGGGGAAACUAGGCUUGUCAUUGCUGGGAUUUUUUUGACACAAGUUGGCUGAGAAGUCGUUUGCUGGUGCUGCUUGGGCUGUUUGUUUGCAGAGAAAGUGUGAAACAAGUGUAAGAAAGAAAGCAACAGAUGUUUUUGGUGGAUAUGCGGACGACUGAGGAAUGAGAGCAGCAGCGAGGCACCGGCGGCCCUUCCAGCGGUUAUGCUGCUGUGGAGUCGGGCUGGUCGCCGUCAUUUGGCUCGCACAGGUCAUCCAGGCACCAGAGACAGAGUCUUCUGGGUUUCGGUCAGGCGUGGACGGUGGGGAGCUGCGAUGGACUCGCCGGCUGAUGCAGGAGAAGUCAGACAACCAGAGCGUAGAUCAGCCCCGAGCAGCCAUCCAUGAGUUUCCACAGGACAUCUUUACGAAGGAACAGAGGAAGAAGGGGGCGGUGUGUCUGCAUGCGCUCUGUGCCAUCUACAUGUUCUAUGCUCUGGCCAUCGUCUGUGACGACUACUUUGUCCCCUCCCUUGAGAAAAUAUCUGAGAACCUGCAGCUCAGUGAAGAUGUGGCCGGGGCGACAUUUAUGGCUGCAGGAAGCUCUGCUCCAGAGCUUUUCACCUCUCUCAUUGGUGUUUUCAUCACCAAAGGAGACGUUGGAGUCGGCACGAUUGUCGGCUCUGCCGUCUUCAACAUCCUGGUCAUCAUUGGCCUCAGUGGGAUCUUUGCAGGCCAGACAGUGGUUCUGACGUGGUGGCCCCUUUUUAGAGAUUCUUCCUACUACAUCCUUGCUGUACUGACUCUCAUCAUGGUUAUCUAUGAUGCCACAGUUGUCUGGUGGGAGUCCCUGCUCCUCAUGACCAUGUAUGGAAUCUACAUUAUAAUCAUGAAGUUCAACUCCCAGCUUCUGGCAUUUGUGACGCGUCGGCUCAGGAGCUCCGGGCUGUGCUGCCUCGGAUCAGAGAAUGACAAGAUGGGAGAGGAUGCCUCUGCUUGCAACACCUCCCUGGUGCUUCUCAAUAAAGGCCAAGUCCAUCAUCAGGAGGCUUCUCCAGUCAUCAUGGUGGAUGAGCUUCUCAUCCUCAACCCCCACAAACUGUCCUUCUCUGAUGCUGGCCUGCGUAUUAUGAUCACCCCCCACUUCUCCCCCCGCACCAGGCUCUCCAUGGCAGGACGCAUGCUCAUCAGUGAGAGACAGAGGCUGAUUCAGAGUUCGAAGGACCAGCAGGACGGCCAGGCUGGCCCCGGGUCACGAAGGGGAUCAACCAGCAACAGCCUGAAGAGGAUGGGGUCCUGCAGUCUGGAGAACGGAGGCAGGACACCCGGGAUAGGAGACACAGAGUCAGGAGACAAGCCAGGGGUCGGAGUGUGCCAGACAGAGGAGGAGGAUGACGAUGGGAUUUUCAAUCCCGUGCGCAUACCAGGUAGCUGCUGUGCGCGGGUGAAGUGGCUGAUCAAGUGGCCUCUGGGCCUCCUGCUCUACUGCACUGUGCCUAACUGUAUUCAGCCACGAUGGCACCGGUGGUUCAUGGUCACCUUUGUGGCCUCCACUCUGUGGAUCGCCAUCUUCUCCUACCUCAUGGUGUGGAUGGUCACCAUCAUCAGCUUCACACUAGCCAUCCCAGACUACAUCAUGGGCAUAACCUUCCUGGCAGCAGGGACCAGUGUGCCGGACUGCAUGGCAAGUCUGAUUGUAGCUCGACAAGGCAUGGGGGACAUGGCAGUGUCUAACUCCAUAGGCAGCAAUAUCUUUGACAUCCUUCUAGGUUUGGGUUUCCCCUGGGCUUUGCGUACCCUUGUGGUGGACUACGGAUCAUCAGUCUCCAUAAAUAAUAAAGGACUGGUGUAUUCUGUCAUCCUUCUGUUGGCAUCUGUGUUUCUGACGGUAACGAGUGUUCAUCUGAACCACUGGAAGCUAGAUCGCCGGCUGGGUCUGGGCCUGUUGUUUCUCUAUGCCAUCUUCCUGCUCUUCUCCAUCCUCUUUGGGCAGAUGUAAGGUCAACCCUGUCAGACAACAUGAGUACCUACCUUUCUACUACACGUCCUCUUACCUGAAGCCAAAAAAGAGUGACAGUGUUGGUUGUGUUCCUUGUGAGAGUUUCUGUGCACCUCCUGUUGGACUCGCUAGGGUGAAACUGUACAAAUGCAACUACAAAAACACAUACUGAAGUCUUUUAUCGAAAGUACCAUUUUUUCUCCUUUCUGAACAGUGCAGUGUAUGAAAACAGUAUUUAAAUUAUCAAAUUGGCUGACUUAGCAAAAUAAUUAAUAAUAUGGCAAAUGGAAGCAACAGGCUUGUUGGGCCUUACAUUGUCUCGCAUUGCCAAACCUUACUCCAGGUCUGGCUCCUCCACACAUAUAUUCCAGGAUAGGAGAAAUAAACGCUCUGGCUUGUUUGCAUUUCUUUGAACCAAUCAUAAUUGUCUUGGGUGGCGCUAAGCUCAGGUCGGAGAGACAGUGGCUCUGCAAAGUGGUCUCGGGAAGGAACUUGGUGAAACAUUUGCACCCUGCAAAAGAAAACAUCACAUACAAUAUUAAAUGAAGUUAAGUGUUCACACAAUACAGUAACAUGAGCUAUUUAAAUUAGCUGGAUACAUAAUAAUAAUAAACAUAAUUUGCUCUCCUUCACGCUUCUACUUCAAGCAAGCUUGCCCUGUUGUACGAUCCAAAUUUCAAUGUCAUUUUCAAUCUGUAGCUUGCUAUCUCGACGUUUGUUGUUGUUUCCCGAAGAGAAUGGAGUUAGACAUAUCCUGGAAAUUAACUGUCGUUGAUCCACACUAGGCCUUACAUUACAAUAUAAAACAGGAAAAGACAUCACCUAAAAAAAUGUAAUGCUCAAUAGUAUUUUCAUGAUAACUAGAUACCAUAGCUAAAAUUUCAGUUUCCACCCCAGAAUAGAUAGAUAGAUAGAUAGAUAGAUUUUUAUUGAUCCCAAAAAAAUGGGAAGUAACGGUGUUGCAGCAGCAAAAUAUCACACAGCUCACAUACAGAGUAUACAUUAA